AUUAAGAAGUGAAUUUAUUCAGGUACACAGGACACAACUGAAGGCGUAAGUGUGAAACACACAGCCAAUCACUAUGAAUGAUGCAAAGAGAGUUUCUGUGAUUGGCUUCGCAUCCAGAACAACCAUAUGAAAUGAAUGAAUGAAUAAAUUAUUAUUAUUUUAUUUGACUGACAUUCCAACAGACACACAUCAGGCAUAUUCCCUAGAUAAACCAAAGGUCCCAGGAUACACCCUUGGAGCUCACUAUAGUUUUACAUUUGAAACUCCUUUAAACAAAUAUCAGUGCUAAAUUCAUUUUUAAAAAGUGGCAAUGAAUAAACCUGGAUGAUUAAACACAUUGCAUUUUCAGGCAAACAACACCACCUCUGUGCAAAAGUUAAUACACACUGGUGUGUUGCCCAAGCAGAAAAAAAGCAGUGUGGGGUGUGAUGGUCAUGCAGGGGUUUUAACUUUUGCCCACCCCUCCCCAUGCACGCACGCACGCACGCACACUCAUACACACCCCUCCCGUAGAGAUGCUCGCAGCCUCCCCAGCACCGUCCCCUUGGAGACUGCACGAGCAACACGUGAUGCAGCCGCUUAUCAGCUUUACAGGGAGCAGCGCUGCUUCGGAACGCGCGCCUGCAAGACGGAAAUAAACUAAAACUACCACCGUCCUGCCCAAAAAAGAGAGAAAAAAGUGACUUUUCAGCUUCUUCCUGGUCGGAAACGUCGACGGGGUUUCUUUCUUCGGAGCAGUUGGGGAGCAAAACCAUGCUCCGGGUUUAGUCGACGAACUUUGCACAUCCUCUAAAAACGCCAUUUUGGGCGCUCCUCUCCGGAACGAGUUUGCAGUGGGAGGUUUUCUCUCUCUCUCUCUCUCUCUCUAUCUCUCUCUCUCUAUCCCCCCCCCCCCUCCUCCUCCUUUCAUUCUCUCCAAAGUCCAUCAUCUGCUUUUCACCAUCAUCACGGAGCGCAGCAGGCUGGCCGGCCCGGAUCUUUUCCUCCACAUGGAGAUUGCCUUACCUGAAAAGAGGUGUGUUGAAGAUGGCAAAGCCUCUCAGCAGCCAGAGGAGUUUUCCACACCGAUGGAAGAGGAGCCAGAGGGCGAACCGGACCAGCUCAGAGAGCCGGGAAAGGAGAACGGAACUGAGGAAGAGCGAGAGGAGGAAGGGACCGAGCACCAGCAGGAGGAACAAGAAAAUAAAGAGGUAGAUGGGGAGUCUUGUGCCAACUCUACAAAGCAUACGGAAACGAACACUGGCCAAAUGAACGGGGAUGCAGACACGGCAGCCUCGAACACAUCCCCUAAGACCCCCAGCAAAUCUCCCUCCGCAAAUCGCACAGGCAGGAAGAACCAGGAAGUGAAAGAUCGCUCCACCUUCAUCUGCCCCCUGUGUGAUAAGAACUGCCAAACGCAGCAUCAUCUCACUAUGCAUAUACGACAGCAUAACACACAGACCGGGGGGACUGACCACUCGUGCAGCAUCUGUGGAAAGGCGUUGAGUUCGGCCAGCUCUCUGGAUCGCCACAUGCUGGUCCACAGCGGUGAGAGACCCUACAAAUGCUCGGUGUGCAACCAGACAUUUACCACCAACGGAAACAUGCACAGACACAUGAAAAUUCACGACAAGGGCUCAAACGGUGUCUCAGCCAUGCGUCCCAUUUCCCCGAGCAAGCGCCGCAAAGCUCUCAAGAGGAAGCUCAGUACAGAGGAGGAUGGUGAGAAAACCAAUGAACCACCCAACAAAAAGUUGAUGGUAGUGAAUGAAUCAGGGGAGCAAAACCCUGCCAAGCAUGAAGAAGACCUGUUGCACUGUCCAAUCUGCUUCAAGACAUUCAUCUGUAAAUAUGGUUUGGAGUCACACAUGGAGACCCAUCCUGACACCGCACUCAGGUGUAACCUGUGCUGUAUCACUUUCCGUACCCAUCGAGGUCUCCUUUGUCAUAAUUCCAUUAUUCAUAAGCAGCUGCCCACCGAUCCCAAUGGACGACCAUUUAUUCAGAGCAACCCUUCCAUACCCCAAGGAUUCAGUGACCUGUCCUUCAUUGACUUUUCUUGUACCAAGUUCGCACAAAUUGCACAGGUCUGGUGUGAGACAAAUUUGCGACGCUGCACAAGCAAAUUCCAUAGGUUUAUUUGUGACGUAUGCAACAAGGCCUUUCCUCUUCAAGUGUCUCUAGAUCUCCACGUAAAAUCUCAUAAAGACCAUAAAGUCAAACCCCAGAAACAGGAAAAGGACACUAUUUCAAAUACAGCCAAAGACCCCGUGGAUUCCAAAGAGAUAGCCGAAUCACCACCUCUUGAGUCCAGUGUAACUUUAAAUGGAAAGAAAAAUUUUAUGGAGUGCCUUGGUCUUCAGCAUUCUUCUUUUGCUAAGCCUGAGCAGUCCGAGGAGAAGAAACAGCAAGAAAUUCUAGACCGAAUUCAUUUUAUUCGAGUUGAGCCCUCUGCAACAAAUCUACCUCAAGAGGCCAACAGUAGUCUUGGCCUCUGUCUUCUUGAUCCUGUCUCUCUUCAAGGUUUGAACAAGGGCAAUGGUCUGAGCCUUCUUUCACUGCAGCCACUUCAGGGUAGUUUGGUUGUCCGUCCUGUCAGUCAAACAGUGGAACUUGCUGAUAUCCAGCAAAUCCUGAAAAUGGCUGCUGCUAUGCCAUCUCAGUUGACUUUGCCACUGCUUCCGAAAAGUCCUCUUCAGGCAGAACCCAAACAAAUUACUCCUCUCAAAUCAAAGCCACUGGUGACUCCUCGAUCCAGCAUGGGAACUUCCACACCACCUCCACCAGUCAUGAAUGCCCAGCAAGCCUCUUCAGGUUGCAUUAGCCCCAGCUUGCCACCCCCUGCUGCCCAACUUGUUACGUCCAAACAGUCCUCAAUCACCCCAUCUUCCUCAACGUCUUCCUCACCUACAAACUGGGAAAAUACACAUCUAGUAGGAGAUGGCACAGGGUCAACAAUUAUGACUACUGGGGAUAUUAAACAAGAAGAGGUCCAAGGAAAAGAGAAAGACACAAGAUCCUCAGGCGGCAAAAAGUUUCCCAAGACAGAAUACCCAUGCCGCUUCUGUACACAAGUGUUCCCCUUGCCAGGAGGCCUCCAGGCUCAUAUGCGGGCCCAUCACUAUGGAGCUUCUCCCUACAAGUGUAGCAUCUGCACCUAUACUGCCCCAGACAAUGCCACGUUAAUGCGCCAUUUACGAACACACAGUGGUGAACGUCCCUAUGUCUGCCGCCUCUGUCACUACCCUUUCACGGUCAAGGCCAACUGUGAACGUCAUCUGCGCAAGAAGCACAUGAAAAACACUCGAAAAGAAAUAGAGAAAAACAUUGAGUACGUCACCCCAUCCUUAAGCACAAGCAGUUUAGUUGGUGGUACUGCACAGGACCCCGUAGAUUCAGCUAAUAUCGGUAACACAUACUGCCGCUACUGUGGAGAGGACCUGAAGACCUACAGGGCUCUACAGAUUCAUCUCCGAACUCUCAAUGGCUGUCAAAGGAAACCAUUCGAAUGUCGCCAGUGUGGAGCAGUUUUCCUGGCCAAGAGGAAUUGUAUCCAUCACCUGCUUAAGCAACACACAGAAGUGCAAGAAAGGGAAAUCGAAGAUCAUAUAAACAUUCUUGUUCCUGUUACAGCUCCUUCCUCUGUCCAGUCCAACUCUCUGGCUCAGCCUCAGUCAGGAACACAGAACCUUAUUACUUUUUCUGGACUUGCAGUUCAAGACCAGCCUUUGGAUUUCUCCAGCAAAACAAUGAAAACUAUUAAUUCUGAUAUAAAACCAGAGGCAGCUUCUCCCUCUCUCUCAAACGACUGCUCCAUGGAGCCUAUCGACCUGUCUAUUCGGAAGAGUCCGGAAGCAAAGAAAAUUAAGACAGAACAAGUUGAGAUGACUCCAUUGUUUCUCCAGGAGAUCAAAAAAGAACUUUCUACUGUGACUACAAGCAAGAUUGUAGGGAAGGUCUCAGGUGUUCAUGCAUCUCUUCCAGCAUCUAUGCCUAGUCUUGCCUCUACUCUUACAAGUGAUUUGACCAAGCCACCCGUACGCCUGAAGCCGCUGCUGCCGAAACCAGUUGCUGCCUCCAACACUUUAGAGAUGCCACCUCUGGCCUCCAUUGCCCAAAUCAUCUCGUCUGUGUCUGCUGCCCCCGUGCUGCUGAAAACAGGAAUAAAUCCUGAGAAAAAGCAUGGCUUGAUGGGUGGGGAAACACUAAUUGACAAAAAGUGUUCCAAUGGCACAGCGAGUCGCGGGUCUUCUUACAGUUUUCCGACCCUUAAUGCAUCGAAGAGGAGAGGCAAGAAGAGGCCAUUCAAGGAUGAGAUAUGUGAUUCUACACAGGCGUCAAUCAGUGCCUUUGACUUGGAGUGUAGUGGAGAGUUACCAAGUGUGGAGAAAAUGCUAGCCACUACUGAUGCCAAUAAAUUUAGCUCUUAUUUACAGCUGAGGCAAAUGGAUCCAGAAAAGGAGAAACAGUCUGCAAGUGAAGAAGAGAAGGAGGGAAAGGAAGGCAAAGAGAAGAUUCGACCACGAAGCAAAGGAAAGAAGAAUGCUUACUCUAACUCUGUGCAGAAGAUGAAAUGUCCAUAUUGUCCCAGAGUGUUCCCUUGGACCAGUUCUUUACAAAGGCACAUGCUAACACAUACAGGUCAAAAGCCGUUCCCUUGUCCUCAGUGUGAUGCGUUCUUCUCCACCAAGUCUAACUGUGAGCGCCACCUUCUUCGUAAGCACGGCAUAUCCAAUCGCAACACGCUGCAGAACUCUGGGUCACACCCAAAGACCAAAACAGAUGAGGGGUCACAGGAAAGUACAGAUUGCAUUUCCGAUGCUGAACCUGCUUUCAUGAUUGAUCCUGUUGAUCCCCCGAAAGAGGACAAAACCCCAACUAUUGAGAUGGACCUGCCGGAGCAGGAUCAAGAUAUAACCAUGGAAUCAUCAGAGUUAAAGGAAGAUCUAGAAUGUGCACAACCCGUUGAGGACCUCCUAAUGAACACGAACAACAACGAGAAUAACGAUGACUCUCAGAGCAACAAGAGUCUUGAUCUGAAUGUCACCAGCAAACCCACAGAACUCUCAGAACCUGAGCAGGAGCAGCCCGAGGCCAUCGAACCUGCAGUGGCACCGAAGAGUCCUCCUUUAGAGGAAUUUCCACACACAUGCAAUACUUGCAAAAAGACUUUCCGGCAAGCGGCCACCCUUAUUCGGCACCAAAAGAUUCAUCUACAGGAUAAACCAAAUGAAGAUGGAGGAAGGAAAGGAAGGAACCAGGCUGCGAUAUCUCUUGACACUAGCACCUCACCAGUAAAGGAACCUGAACAGGAGACAGGUGUGGCUGAGAGAGAGGAGAACAGCAGCAUUGCGGAAAGUGGCGCUGAGGAAGAGGAGAAGGAGGAACAGAAAGAGGAGAAAAACGAAGAGGAAGAAGGUGGAUCCUCAGAGCUCGAAUCAGCAGGCGGGAGACCUGACAAGAGGAAGAAGAUCUGCAAUGUGUGUGGCAAGCGUUUUUGGAGCCUGCAAGACUUGACGAGACACAUGCGUUCACAUACUGGAGAAAGACCUUAUCAGUGCCAAACAUGUGACCGGACUUUUACUCUAAAACACAGCCUGGUUAGGCACCAGCGUAUUCACCAGAAAACCCCAGAUGACCGAGGAGCAGACGAGGCUGAUGGAGCACGAGACGACAGUGUUGUGGAUGGGGAAGAUCUACGAUGUACUUCCGGAAGUGAGAGCGAGACCGUUCCAGCCGAGAACGAGACGUCCAAGACGGAGGACCUCAAGCGAGCAGAGGAACCCGUAGAGAUGGAGGAUAAUACUGGGGUCAAAGAAGAACAAGGAUCCACAGAAGAGGCUUCCAAAAAACUCCAAACAAAGGAACAUGAUGAAUUGGAUACCAAGACCCCAGAACCCAAAGAUUCAGCAGAUCUCAGUCUUAAGGACAACCAGGGAGAUGAAGAGAAACCCGAUGUCUAAGACAUAUUAAUUCUCUUAAUCCUGUGCCAUACUUUCCUGAUCUUACACAAACACUAAAAGAUGGUGUAGAGUCUGGCAUCUUCAUGUAGACAUUAUAAAGCAUGCACAAUGCAAAACUGGAAACUUUCUCUCAAUGCCUUAAUGAUUCUUUUGUUUUCCCCCCCCAGAGAUUUGGUUCCACUGCACAGUAUCAUUUUUAAUCAAAUGUAUAUGAUUGUGUGUGUGUGUGUGUGUGUGUGUGUUUUGUUAUUUUUAAUAAUUCUAUAAUCCUUAUAUCAGAAUAAAUUUGAAUUUUGUAUGAUAAGUUGAUUUAUAUUAGCACCAUUAUAUGUAUUAUUCUUAAGUCUAUUCCACUUGUUUUUAGUCUUCUCAGUAGGUUUUGCUCAAGUGCCUGGAAGCAUCUCUCUCUGAAUUUGUUCUGAAUAGGUUCCUGGAGGUUUUGGAGGUGUUGUUGGCUCACUCAGUGGCCUAGUAUACUUUUGGUUAUCAGUAAGGGUGAUCAUUGGUCAAUGUUUUUUUUGGCAAUAUUUGCCAGUUUUUGUACAUUUUUUUUCUUCGAUAUCAAAGCUCACUGAUGAACGAUGCUCUCCGGCCUUGUGGUGUGUUGAACAUAGCAUGUAACUGGUGGUUGAGACAGCACCCCCUGGUGGUUUGGGGUGUAAAGCCUGACAUUCAGACACUGUCUUUAGGCAAAAGCUUUUGUUAAGUACACUUUUGGUAGAAAUGAAUAAAUCAAUAAAUAAAUUGGCGAGUUUGGAAGCUUUUCCAAAUGAGAAUACGGAUCCAUACGAUCCACUUACUUCGUGUUUAAGGCACUUGAUCGACCCGGUGGAUAUUUUCGGUCCGUUUUUCUGUUUUCAACUAGAGCACAGUUGAAAUCAAGCCUAGGUUUUAUACAACGACGCAUCGCACGGACGUGUGCUUUGCAGUACACAUUGCAUUCAAUCCCAAUGUGAAUCAGAGUAUAGUGUAUGUUUUAGCGCAGUGAUGUUUGUGCUGUGGGUUUUAUACUUGAAAUCGCCCUGCUGUUUGCCUCGACUUAUACAACUGUGCUGUUCACACUGCCUUCUACGUUUCAUAUUUGCCUCUUUAGUACCUCUGCAGUUAGCGAAUCUAACCUCACAAACCUCUAAUUAGCUGAAUGAAGUCUAUCUUUAAGCAUCAGAUGAUCAACAACGAAAUGCUGCGUUUUAGAGCCGAGAAACUAUGCAACAGACGUGUGCUGAUAUCCAGUUACGCAACAUAUCGCAAUAUCACAAUAUGGGCACUUAAAUAUUUUUUUCUAAUGUUGCCUCAAGAACAGUAGGUGGCGUACUGGUGCAGCAAAUGUGCCUCUUUUGAUAAAGGGCUAUUUCAUUUUUAUAAUAAUAUCGACACAUGCCUUCUAAACGAACAACGUUCAGUUUCUUUCUAUCUUUAAAGUUUAACCCUACAAAGGCCAAACUGUUCAUUUCCUUACGGGGGAAAAAAAAAAGUACUCACCAGCUCGAACUCAGCGAAAAAGGGUGGGUGAAUUUGCGAAAAAACAAAUCAUUUUUCUACUAUGGUGUGUUUGAGAAACGUGUGCUCCUGCUCGUAGUGUGUAGUAUGUAUGCGCAGGUCUGUCAAAGUGAAUGAGAACACACUGAAUAUUUUAUGUAUUUAUUGAUACGAGUGCCCGGAGCUAACGCUGGACUCCUGGAUGAACGCCGAGGAGGAUCGGAAAAACAAUGACUGUAGCGCUGAACAAUCUUGAAGUUCUUUAUAUUAUCUUUAUUUUAUGGUUAUGAUUAUGACGCCUUGAGCUAUUUGCCAUAGAUUGUUUUAUUAAUGCUUUUUUGUUUGUUUUGUUUGUUUGUUUGCAUUAAUUCAGUUAAAUCAGCCCCCAUCAAUACACAAUGUGCAUUAACUAAAUGUAGAAUAUUGAAGCCCGAGCUUGAAUUAGCAGUAGAAUAGUGAUUUUUGCAUGCCUAAUUAAAAUGGGUGGUUACUAAUUCUUCUCUUUCUCAGGGGCUUUUUAUUUUUAAUUUUUUUUUUUUUUUAAUUUCAAAUUAUGCAUAUUAAAUCAUCUGUUUUGUGGGAAAUUAAAAAGAAAAUCUAAUUUCUGCAGCAAGCUAUAGCAAUCACUACAGUUACAGUUGUAUAUGAAUGUGAAUUCACCUCGAUGUUCAUCAUCUUCAUCCUCGUAUUCCGUAAUUCUGCAUGUUUCACCGAUUUGUGUUGAUCACUGUAAAGAAAAAAAACUAAACAAAAAACAAAUCCAUUUGUUUAAAGGGAUUGCACAAGUUUGUCUCAUAUUCAGUUUUAGAAAGGUUCGUAUGUUGAUUUGUUUUGUUUCUGUAAACAAUCUUAUUUGAAAUCAUUCAAGCAAUAAAUAUACACUAAGAAAGAGUGAGAAAUUAAA